AUGCACCAGUUAACUGAAAAGAUCAAGCUUCAAGAAUUUAUUCAAGCUAGGAAGAGGUAUGUUAGUUUCCUCCAACAAACCAGUAAGAUAACUUGGUUGCAAUUUAAUGAUGAAAACUCCCAUUACUUUCAUGCAAUCAUGAAAAAGAGGAGGUUUAAGAAUAUAAUUACUUCAUUUGUGGUAAAUGAGGAGGUGAUUGAUGAUUAUGAUAAGGUGGUAGAGCAUUACUUUAAUCAUUUCAGGAAUUUCAUGGGGAAGAAGAGUUCGGCCAUUAAAAAGAUUGAUACCAAUAGCCUGAGGUUUGGUGAAAAACUAUCUGUUCCGCAGCAGGUCAAUUUGAUCAGGCCUUUCUCUAAGAAUGAUGUAAAAGAAGCUCUGUUUGGCAUUCACUCCAUUAGAAGCCCAGGUCCGGAUGGGUUUGGUGCAGGUUUUUUCAAAGGCCUUUGGAAUGAGAUAGAAAAAGACAUAAGUAUGGCAGUGUUAAAAAAAUUUCGCGAUGGUGUUCUUCCCAGCGAUCUUAAUGAGACCGUUAUCUCCCUCAUUCCGAAGACUGGUUCCCCUAAAACAGCAGCAGAUUAUAGACCUAUUGCUUGCUACAAUACGCUCUAUAAAUGCAUUUCUAAAAUGCUGUGUUCUCGUUUGUCUGAAGUUCUUCCAUUCUUGAUCCACAACGAUUUAGUUUUUUUUGCCAAGGGUAAUGUGAAAUCAAUGAGACUCAUACAGUCUGCUAUUGAUAGCUUUUGUGCCACAACAGGCCUCUCAAUCAACAACACUAAGUCUCAUAUAUACUUUGGAGGCAUGAAAGACGAUUGUAAAUCUCAACUUUUGGAGAUUACUCAAAUGGAAGAAGGCUCUUUUCCGCUUAAGUAUCUUGGAAUUCACCUAAGACCAACUAAAUGGAGAGCUGCAGACUGUGGGGAAAUCAUUGAAAAAAUACAGCGCAACCUCCAUUCCUGGGCUAGCAGGAAUCUUUCUUUUGCAGGCCGAGCCCAACUCAUUCAUUCAGUCCUUCUUGGAAUUAGGAAUUUCUGGAUGAAUAUCUUCAUCCUUCCUCAGAAAGUUGUUGCUGUCAUAGAUAAAAGCUACAGAGAUUAUCUUUGGGGGUUGAAAGGGAACCGUAGCAAACUUCACCUCACUUCUUGGGAGCAAGUCUGUCUUCCCAAAAAGUAUGGAGGAGUUGGCUUCUUUGAGGGCAGGAAGUGGAAUAUUGCGUUGAUGGCCAAGUAUAUUUGGGCUAUAUCGAGCAAGAAGGAUUGCUUAUGGGUCAAAUGGAUAGACUCGAUCUACCUUAAAGGCCAAAGUUUCUGGUCUGUUCCCAUAAUAAGUGACACUAGCUGGUACUUUCAGAAAUUAUUGAAGCUGAGGAAUGUAAUAGAUUUUGCUGCUGUUAUCUCUUCGGGAUUAAGAGCCGGCAAUGCCUCCAGCACUGCCAAUGAGACUAGUGAAGCCCCUCCAGUCCGAAAAAGGGGAACACGUGCUACCAAUGCUGGUGCUAACAGAAGUGCACUGCCUCCGAUUGACAAUACCGUUGAAAUUGUUCGACUAUGGCAACAAGUGGAAGAAUUGCUGCAGCAACAAUGA